AUGAUAGUAGAAAAUGGUGGUCUGGAUAUUGGCAAUGGGUUAACCCUAGAAAAAGUGGAUAAGUUUUGUUAUUUGGGUGAUAUGCUAAUCGAAGAUGGUGGUGUAGAUUCUGCCGUUGUUGCAAGGAUCAGACAAGCUUGGAAGAAGUUCAGAGAGAUGUCGUCUAUUCUUACAAAUAAAAAAAUCUCUCUGAAGUUAAAGGGGAAAGUUUACAUAAGCGGUGUGAGGAGUUAUUUAGUUUAUGGCGGCGAAACAUGGGCAAUGAAAGCGACUCACGAAGCCAAAUUAGAAAAGAUGAGGGUAAUUAGAUGGAUGUGUGGGGUAUAUCUGAGAGAGAGAAAAAUUAGCAAGGAAUUGCGAGCAAGAUUGGGUAUAGAAAUGAGUGGAGUGGUAAUGCUACGAAAUAGACUAAGUUGGUUUGGGGAUGUGGAACAUAUGACAAAAAAAUUGGGUAAAGAGAUGCACCUUAAUCAGCGUCUACAUGAGCGGGAGGGGUAG